AAGAUAACAACUACUGCCAAGAGAUAAGAAACCAGCAGUAACUCAUAUUUACGAAACAGCUGUACGGGUUAUUUUGAGUGAUUUCACGAAUGAAGGGCUGUACAAACUUGCUUCUUAGUGUUCUGUUACUGAAGGUCGCAGAAACAUUCUUACUGACAGAGUCAUGUCAGAAGCGAUGCCUCCAGCCGUACACUCCGUCUCUUUCCUGCCAGUGCAACGUCGACUGCAGCAAGCACGGCAACUGUUGCCCCGACUACCACCAGGCAUGUGACGGUGGAGACAAGUCAUGUGUCAAACGGUGUCAGUCGAACUACGACCCCAGCGCUAAGUGCCAGUGUAACGCCGCUUGCUCUAGCUACUCUAACUGCUGCAGCGACUUCUCGACGGUGUGCGGAGGUGGCAGCACGACGUCUCACACCACCCUCACUCAGGCCACCCUGGCGGACAGACUGUGGACAAUAGACCCGGACAGGUUCGACACCCAGGACGUCCAUCUGAACACCGGCAGCCGCACCUAUCCAGGCAACACCGCCGACACAUCACCGUUACCGCUGUUCUCAAGUGUCAACUCCAACCUGUUGUCCCGCCCGCUGUACAAGACUCUGUUUGCACUGUACGACGACUACGAGCCCCGCUUGGGUGUGUCUGAUCCCCUGAGUGUGUCUGAUCGGGUGGACAUAAGUCACUUUCUGGAUGUCGUGAUGGCGUCUCCGGUAAUGAAGGAAACUCACACCUACCUCGAGGACCACGGUCUAUAUACUGGUGACAUGACUGCCUUCAGAAAGAAGAUAUUUUCACUGUGGUUCGACCCCUACCCGAGAUCUAAAGGAAAACCCAACGACAGCAGCGCCUUUGAACACGUGUUUGUAGGAGAAUAUAAGGGCACGAAGACCGAGGGUCUCCACAACUGGGUGCGUUUCUACUACGAGGAGAAGGCUGGUCACAUCAACUACCUGGGAUACAGCAAACAGCACGGGCAACAAUUGUUGAAAUUCCCAUUUACCUGGAACGGCCACUACAAAGACACCAACUCCUUCAUCAUUGGCUCCAGUCCGGUCUUCGACAUGGCUCUCGGCACCGUGUGCUUCCUCACCAAACCCAAUUCGGAGUGUGCUUUCAGCCUCCAUGGUUACCAGUUCCGGAUAAAACAGUACGACGCUUCCAACGCGGCUGGGCCCCAACUAGCAACGGCGUACGUCGUCUUCUAGACCAGUGGUGGAAAAUAUCACAGCCCAUGCCCGUAACUACAGGCAUUCACAUCAAGGCAUCGCUCGAGUAUUUUAUUCACAGAUACAAAAUGACAAUCCUCACAUUCAAUAAACUCGUGCUGAAACAAAA